UAUACAGAAAAUAAUAUUCAGUGUUGUAGAAAUGUAAUAUGGCAGCGGUAGUUGCGUCAAAUAUGAGUAGUGUUGUUGGUGGACAUUUGCAAACACAAUUAACAAGAUCAUUAGAAAGAAUAUUAGAAGAAGCACAAUUAAGUGGUGAAUUAAAGUUAAGUGGUAGAAAAUUAAAAGAUUUUCCUAAUACUGGUAAUAAGUAUAAUUUAUGUGACACUGUGAUUGCAGAUUUAUCAAAAAAUCGACUUGGAGAAUUACCCAACGAUUUAACAACAUUCCUGUUUUUAGAACGGUUACAUCUGUAUCAUAAUUCAAUACGUAAUAUACCUGACACAGUGGUUAGUCUACAAUCAUUAACACAUUUGGAUCUUAGUCGUAAUCAACUUACCGUACUUCCAAAAGAAAUAUGUCAGCUCCCAUUACAAGUACUACUGGUGGCAAGCAAUCGUCUACAAUCGUUACCAGACGAAUUAGGACGUAUGACGGAACUAACCGAACUCGAUGCAUCAUGCAAUCAGAUAACACAUCUGCCUCAUCACCUGGGCGAUCUGACGCAACUCCGAAGUCUAAUUCUACGAAGUAACCUCUUAUUGUGCCUCUCCAUAGAAGUGACAUAUUUACAACUUGUUAGAUUAGAUAUUCGACAAAAUAGGAUACAAACAUUACCAGUUGAACUACGAUUAAUGCGUAGUUUAGUUGAUUUAGAAUUAGCGGAUAACCCUUUAACAUCACCUCCAGCCGCGCUUUGUAUGCGUGGACGUGUACACAUUUUUAAGUAUUUAGAAUUAGAAGCUUUACAAAGAAAUAAAAUUCGUAGUAAUACAAGCGGUACAGAAGUUAGACGCUCGUCUAGUCGUCGAUCUGCAGGGCAUUGUAAUGGAUCUCCUCAGGUGCAAUCACGUGUCUCAUCACAUUUACAAGAAGGCUUACGACAUAAACGACACAAUGUUGAUAGUGGAUAUAGCACAAGUGAUGGUUUUGAUAAAAGAUGGUCGCAAGAAAUGCAAGGUGGUACUGAAGAAAUGAUUCGUAAAUCAUGGGCUAGACACCAAUCGUCACCAUUAACUGUGUGUACAUCGGAGAAUAUUAGUACACCUUCAGGAAUAUCUACACCAUCAACAAUAUCGCCGGGUGAACCGGGUAGUUUAGAAGACGAUAUAGACAAAGUUGGUAAUGGUUCCUCAAAUGCUAUUGAUAAGCAUAAAGUUCCACCUAAUGGUAUUAUUCAUAGUUCGCAUUCUUCAACAAAUGAUGUGAUAACUAAUGGAAAUGGAAUUGAUGAAAAAAAUAAACAACCUUUGAAUCAUAUCCAAACAUACAGGGAAUACAAGGAAGCAUUACGGCAACAACGAAAUCAAGAUGUACCUGUUUAUCGAACCCGUGAUCAUAGUGCUUCAUCAGCCGAUAAUCCUUCAAAUCAUACUAAAACUGAACCAAAUACACCAACACAUCAAAUAACACAUCAUACGGGUUUGGCCACAUCUAAAUCAGAUCCGACACCAUUACAUUCUGUUUUAAGUAGUCAUCCAAAACAAAUAUUCGAUGAUACUGUACCAAAACGACCAGUACAGAAAGUACCACCUUCACGCAUUGCGCCAUUUUCAUCACCAAACCAUCAAAAUCAUUCACCACAAAUGAAUGGAAAUAAUGGUACUACAAAUGAACAUAAUGGUGUCAACAAUAAUUCAAAUACUUCCUCACCAAAAUAUGUUAAUAAACAAGAAGUGUAUAUUAAACCCACAUCACCAAUAAAACAUUCAACUGGUGUAUUAUCACAUGAUCAUGUUCCUAGUCCUGGUAAAUUGAAACCAACAAGUCCAAAAUUAGUUACAACAACUGUUGGCUAUGUUAACGGGCCACCAUUAAAUAAUGGUUCAGCGAAAAGUCCAAAUAAUAAGAAUAGAACUUUAACUUGGAAUCGUGAUAUUCCACCGGAGAAAUUAAGCUUUACUAUGAGGAGGGAAUUUGAUAAAGCGAGAGAAGAGUCUGAUUUGAUAGAACAAUUAAGACAUAUAAUUGAAACGAGACUGAAAAUGGAAUUGCCAGAAGAUUUAGCUCCCGCAUUGACUGAUGGAGUAGUGUUGUGUCAUUUAGCCAAUCAUGUUAAAGCACGAUCCGUAGCUAGUAUUCAUGUGCCUUCACCAGCAGUCCCUAAGUUAACGAUGGCGAGGUGUCGAAGAAAUGUUGAUAAUUUUUUGGAAGCGUGUCGUAAAAUUGGUGUUGAAGAGGGGCAGCUGUGCUCCAGUCUCGAUGUGAUUGCAUUUUCAACAUCAGGGGGGCGUGAAGGUGGUGAUGCUCUACUAACAACAGUGAAGGCGUUGGAACAACUAAAUCAAUCGAACAUGGAUAUCAAAAGCAAAAUGAAGAGAAAAUCAGAGCCGCUGACUACAACCGACAUCAUAGUCUCGGCUUUGUGUUUCGUUGUAUUUGUAACAACUGUUAUUCUACUUAUCCUAUUUCCGCCACCUGACUAAAUAAAAAGAAGACGACCACAAUUAUCAAAUAACAAUUUAACACAAGUUUAACUAGAAGAUUAAC